AUAAAUAAAAAACCUGAGACCAUCAAUAAAGAAUUUUAAUUAAAAUCAAAUAUUGAAAUAAAAAAUCUAAAGCCAUUAAAAUAUUAUAAGUAAAUAGGAAUGUUGUGCAUUUUGAACAGGGGAUUAAAGUUAAAAAUGACUUAAAUGAAAAGACUUGCUUACUAUAGCACUGAGUAAGUAAGCUUUGAUUUCAAUGAAAUUUUAGAUGAAAAUCUUGAUUUGAAUGAGCGUAUUAAAACUGCAUUUGGACCUGAAGGAACUGGUAUUUGCACUAUUAAAAAUGUCCCUAAUUACAAAAGAGCAAGAUAAAAUCUUCUUAAUUUAAGCUAUCAACUCGCUAAUCUUCCUUAAGAAGAAAAAGCUAAGUUAGAUAGACCUGAAGUUAAAUGGUCUAGAGGUUGGUAAGAAAGUAAAGAGCAUUUUGGUAAUAAGAAUGACAAAUUGAAAAGCGCUUUUAUUGCACUCCCACUUAGAGAGGAAGAAACUCAUUUGACCUAAACUUAAUAGCAAGUUCUUGGAGAUGCAGCUUCAAAGUUAUACUAAAGUGGAAAUGUAUGGCCCGAAGGCCCUCUUCCUACUUUUAAGCCUCACUUUAAACUUUUAAGUAAUAUUAUGGUUGAUACCUCAUUCCUUUUAGCUAAGCAUAUUGAUAAGUAUGUGAGUCAAGUUAUGACUUCUUAUAAAAGAGAUACUCUUUAUAACUUGAUUAAGAAUAAUAAAGAUCAUGUAGGUAGACUUAAUUAUUACAAAUCCUCUACUGAUCCUAUUACUCGUGAGGAUGAUUGGAAUUCUUGGCACACAGAUUAUUCUGCUCUUUCAGCUCUUACUCCUGCUAUAUACAUCACCCAUGAUGGCUAUCCUGUAACUUUUGAUGAUAGAAAGACUGGACUUUUCUUUAAAAAUAGAUGGGGUGAAAAAGAACAUAUUAGUGCUGAUAAAGACUCUAUUAUUUUCUAAAUUGGUGAAUCUAUGUAAAUUUUAUCUGGUGGUGUGUUAGAAGCUACCCCUUAUUGUGUCUCACGUUCCAAAAAAUCAUAAGAUCUUGGAUUAAAUCGUGCUACAUUCUAACUUUACUUAGUUCCUCCACCUGAAUAUAAAUUAUUCACCCCCUCAGGUAUUGAUGAAAGAUAUGCAUAUGGAAGAUAAAUAGAUCAAGUUCCUCACAUUACAAAGCGUUGGAAUUAAGGUAUUCCAUUUGCAACUUUCUAACAAAAAACUAUUUAAGAAUAUCGUAUUUGAAUUUAAUUGGAGAUAAAAUUAUGUGUUAAAGUAUUUCUAAAUAAAUUACUUGUUAAAUUCUAAUUACUAUUUUUUAUUAUUUCAAAAUAUAAUAACAAUCAAUUGACUAGCUUAUUUAUAUUUGUAUAUAAAAUUACUAAAUGUGUUUUUUAAAAUUAA